AUGUUCAUCCCAUGGGAACCCCAAGAACAUCGUCUUGUUAAACGUGCGGGUGCAGAAGGGGUAGUGGGCAUCGUGAUCUCCCUCUGCCUCCUAGUUGGCAUCGUUGCCUUCGCUUUCAUAUCCCAGAAAUCCGUCAGGAAACUUUUCCAGCCUAAAGCCGCUCAGCAGACAAGCUCUCAGCAACAGAAUCCUUCCCAACAGCGUGUGGCCUCCUACCAGCCUCGCCCAGUGACUCAGGUGACCGAUACUCUAGACGGCUUGCAACCAGUGGCUACUCCUCCACCGAAGUAUGAGCCGCCGCCUCCACCCUACCAGGCGCAUCUCAGAGAACCAAGAAACGAUUUAAGCGGCGGGACCGUGUGA